AUGGCUCCUGUAAAAGCUUUUGAACUUCGAAAUAAAAACAAAGAGGAGCUGACUAAACAACUUGAUGAUCUUAAACAAGAACUUGGCAAUCUUAAAGUACAGAAAAUCGCGGGUGGACAAACAUCAAAAUUAACAAAAAUCCGUGAAGUACGCAAAUCAAUCGCACGAGUAAAAACCGUUUUCACUCAGAUUCAGCGUGCACACUUACGAGCCUUCUAUAAGAACAAGAAAUUCCUGCCGCUUGACCUUCGACCCAAAAAAACCCGCGCCAUUCGUCGCCGUCUGACCAAGAAAGAAGCAUCUGCUAAAACUUUACGGUAUAAUUUUUCAUCAUAUAUGCUUUCCUUUCUCUUCUCUCCCGAUGAUAAUAAUUAA